CAGCCUAAGGCACCUCACACACUCUCACACACUCACACACCCACACCCACUCCCUCCUGCAGCCCCACCGCCCCCGCCAUGGCCGCGUCCACCCUGUCCGUCUGCUCCAGAGACCUGAGCUAUGGCAGCCGCGUCUGCCUGCCCGGGGCCUCGGACGCCUGCCCCGACUCCCCCUGGCAGGUGGACGACUGCCCAGAGAGCUGCUGUGAGCCCCCGUGCUGCGCCCCGGCCCCGUGCCUGACCCUCCUGUGCGGCCCCUCCUCCCCCUGCCAGGGAGACUGCUGCACCCCUGUGUGCUGCAAGCCCGUGUGCUGCACCCCUGUGUGCUGCAAGCCCGUCUGCUGCACCCCUGUCUGCUGCAAGCCCGUCUGCUGCACCCCUGUCUCCUGCAAGCCCGUGUGCUGCACCCCUGUCUGCUGCAAGCCCGUGUGCUGCACCCCUGUCUGCUGUGAGGACUCCCCCUGCACAACCUCUUCAUGCUGCCAGCCAUCCUGCUGCACCUCCUCCCCCUGCCAGGAAGACUGCUGCACCCCUGCGUGCUGCAAGCCCGUGUGCUGCACCCCUGUGUGCUGCAAGCCCGUGUGCUGCACCCCUGUGUGCUGCAAGCCCGUCUGCUGCACCCCUAUGUGCUGCGAGGACUCCCCCUGCUCAGCCCCCUCCUGCUGCCAGCCCAGCCCCUGCUGCAGACCCUCCUCCUGCGUGUCCCUGCUCUGUCGCCCCGUGUGCAAGCCCGCCUGCUGCACCCCUGUCUGCUGCAAGCCCGUCUGCUGCACCCCUGUGUGCUGCGAGGACUCCCCCUGCUCAGCCCCCUCCUGCUGCCAGCCCAGCCCCUGCUGCAGACCCUCCUCCUGCGUGUCCCUGCUCUGCCGUCCCGUGUGCAGACCCGCCUGCUGUGCCCCUGCCUCCUCCCGCUGCCACCCAGCCUCCUGCGUGUCCCUGCUCUGCCGCCCCGCGUGCGCCCGCCCUGCCUGCUUCGGCCCCGCCUCGGGCCAGUCCUGCUGCUGAUGGGCACGUCCCCCCAGGGCCAGCUGGGCUCAGGUCCCACCUGGUGACUCUGGUCCUCCUGGCCACCCAUCAGGCCUGACCUUGACCUCCUGCCUCCCAGGAUUGCUGACCCCGCAGCUUCCUGGGGCUUCUGCUCCCAGGAGGCACCUGCACCUGUUCUGGGUCACCGGUCCUUCUUGCCCCCUUUCUCUGCUUGGGUCACUUGGCUUUGACUCCUAACCUGUCAGCACCUCUUCAGGAAGCCCAAUAAACUCACUUCACCGGC